AUGGAUCGAAUCCCCAGCCCCCAAAACCCUAGCCAGCACCCAGCGGAGCGAGCCAUCGCCAUGGACUCCUCCGACGAGGAGUGGGUCGUCCUCGACCCCGACAACCCCGCCGAGUCCUCGGACGACGACCGCGGCGUCCUCGCGCUCCCCGCCUCCACCUCCCCCCUCUCCCUCUCCUCCGACGACGACGAGGACGACGACGACGACGACGGCGGCGGCCUAGAGUCGGCGGGCUCGGAGGACGAGGAGGAGGACCCGUUCGAGGUGGACGAGGACGGCGACGACGACGGCCUGGAGUCGGCGGGCUCGGAGGACGAGGAGGAGGACCCGUUCGAGGUGGACGAGGACGAGGACGCGUCGCCGGCUCGGCUCACGCGGCCGCUCUCGGGCAUGUUCCACCACACGCCCCUCGACUCGGUCGCCUACGCGGCCUUCGACCCCGUGCGCAGCGCCAAGCAGCUCAUCCCGGACCCGGCCUUCUCCGCCUUCCCGGAGCGGGUCUCGGUGCUCGCCUCGGCGCGCGGCCUCGUCUGCCUCCGCGGCUGCGCCACGGGAUUCUACUACGUCGCCAACCCGCUCACCUUCCGCCGCGUGCGCCUCCCCUACCACAACCGCGACCACCGCCUCGACGCCGACCCCGCCGUCGUCAUCGCCUUCGAGGACGACGACGACGACGACGACGCCGGCUUCCGCCACUACCACGUCGUCGUCACCUACCAGGUCCACGACGGCGUCUGGGCCGUCGAGUCCUUCUCCACCCGCACCUGGGACUGGCGCGUCGGGGACGACAUCUGCGCGCCCGAGACGGUCGUCGCCCAGUCCGGGGUCGGCGCGCGGGGCCGCGCCUUCUUCCGCACCACCAUCGGCCACAUCCUCUGCUACACGCCGGAGACGGGCUGCGUCGACCUCAUCCCCGCGCCCCAGGAGGUCGAGGGCCGCAAGGACUGGGAGAUCGGCGAGAUGGAGGGCAACUUCUGCGUCGCCUGCGUCGACAAGGACGCCAAGGAGGUGGCCGUGCUCUACAUGGUGCCCGGCGACGCCGCCGACCAGGUCACCUGGGCCUGGGCCGGCCAGUUCCACGCCAACAAGAUGGGCUACCACGACAGGAUGACCCUGCUCCGCUCCCAGGGCGCCGCCGAGGUGGUCAUGUGGGAUCCUCUCGAGCAGCUCGUGCUCGCCGCCGACUUCGAUGGCAGGGUCACCCGCUCCAUCGGCCCCCUCUCCGGCGGGAUGUACUACUCGGAUUUCAUCCCCUACGUCAACUCAUACGCCGACAUCUACAGCGAGGAGGGGGUGGGAUCUGUGUUCAAGACGAAUGAUGAAGCCGUGACAAGUAUUUCCGGACGGAGGGAGUACCAAAGAAAGGAAAGGAUUUGUUGA